AUGAAAUCCGGGUGCACCAUCACAACAGCGAUUGCCAUUGAUAGAGUACUGGCAUUGUACUUCCCAAUGUUGUACUAUCAGCAGCCAAAGCAAUGUUGGUCAACUGGAGCUUUUGCUGUUUCGAUCCUUCUAGCGAUUGUCGACUGGGUGGUCCUUCACUCCAUAGUGACCAUUCAAGCGCAACCUUUCUGCAGUUCAUUUGGCUGUUUCACUAAUGAUGUUUUUCGUGCCUACUGGGGCCUAUCAAAUAUGUUGGUGAAUCUGUUGUCAUGUCUCCUAACAAUGUCGGUCAUCUAUAAACUCUACAGAGGCUCUCUGUUAGCUUACGAACUCGAAAGGCAGAACAAACACAAAAUUGAUAAGAGCGUGAGUUGUUUUCCAGCUGUGACACGAGCUUCCGACUUUCUGCAGCUUAUC